AUGAAUCCAAACAGAAGUCUUAAAAACAUAAGAUUAGAAUUUAAAUGUCCAGAAUAAUGUAAUUGCGAAGGAAAAAUAAAUAGAAAAUGGUACCACUAAUCUUGCGGAAAUGCUCUAUAUAUGACAUCUAAAGGAGAUAUAUUUUGUGAUACAAAGGGAUGCAAUACCUUUUUUAUAAAAGACGCUUAGUUUUAAUGCAAUAAAGCUAGAUAGAGUUAAUCGUGGUAUAAAUAUAAGUCAAUGUCAUAAAUAUUUAUGGCACUUAGUUGUGCAAUAUAAGAAUCAGAGCAAUCCCUUAAACAAGAAGAUUAAAUUAAAUUUACUAAAGAAAUCUUGGAAGAAGUAAACAAGCAAUAAUUUAUAAAAAUAAUAAGAAUGAAUUAUUAUCAUAUAUAAAAACAAACACAAUAAUUCCUUUUUUACUCAUACCUUUAUACGAUAAUAAUCUCUUCAUAAGAAAAGUUCAUUUUUUGUUAAUAGAACUAGAUUACUAUUUAGAUAUAUUAUACCAGGAUUAAACUAACAAGAAGAUAAGGAUUUCAACAAAAUAAAAUUUUUAUCUGGGAAAAAUAUUUUACUCUACUUUAAAUUUUUAGCAAUAAGCUAUGA